CAGAGAUGCAAAAGAAAAAUGUCCACAGCUGGUGUUAGUUAAUGGAGAAGACUUGACACGUUACAGGGAGAUGUCAUAUAAGGUCACAGAAAUACAAUCAUGAGAACAUAUGUACAAAAACAUUGUAGCAUGGUUUGUAAUUGGUAAAAAUACGGAAGAAAAAUAAAUGCUCUUCAGGACGCGAAUGGCUAAUGGAACUGGGACUGCUCUACAAUGGGUGUUAUAUAGUCAUUACCAAGAAUGCAUCGGUGGUACACUGUUUGAUUCUGAGAGAGGUGUUCCUUGUUGAGUAAAGGUAUGUAUGUCUAUAUACAAAGAGGAAGGGAAGCGAGAGAUACAUACUAGGUUUUGAACUUGGUUAACUUCUGGAGAGGAGGUGCCUGUGGUGAAAUGGGAGAAGGGGAAGAAGGGAUAGCCAAGCAGAAAAGAUAAGCCUGUACUCCGAAGAUAUCACUUGAGCAUCUACGCAAAACUGUGUAUAUGUGAAUAUUAAGAAAGUCCUUAGUGUACACAGAAGAGGUUAUACCUACUGUUGCGCCUCUUCACAGAACUCGUCCUCAUUCUUCCAGCACCUGCACAGUGCUAUGUUGCAUUUUGUUCUGUACUUAACCGGUCCUUUAGUGAUAUUAAGACAGUUGUCCCACUUUGUUCCUGUUGUCCCCACGUGAUUAUUAAUAGCACCUCCUUUCAUUCAAAGAAUGUCUUAUUUUGGAUGAUAAAUUACAUGGUUUCCUGAUAGUGAUAGAUUACCUAUUAGGCUGUUACUAACUUUUUGCUCUUCCUAAUAUAUGCUUCAGUAGACAUUUUCACACAGAAAUUUUGGCAUACUUUUAUGGAGAUAUCCGUAUGAGUUGUUGGAAGAAUUUAGUCCAGUUGUUGAGAGACUCGGAUUUGAUGAAAACUUUGUGGAUCUAACAGAGAUGGUUGAGAAGAGACUGCAGCAGCUUCAAAGUGAUGACCUUUCAGCACUGACGGUGUCGGGUCAUGUCUAUAAUGAUCAGUCUGUAAACCUGCAUGACAUCUUGCACAUCAGACUCCUCGUUGGAUCUCAGAUUGCAGCAGAGAUGCGGGAAGCCAUGUGCAAUCACCUGGGUCUCACGGGCUGUGCUGGAGUGGCUUCUAAUAAAUUAUUGGCAAAGUUAGUUUCUGGUGCUUUUAAACCAAAUCAACAAACAGUCUUACUACCCGAAAGUUCUCAAGUUCUCAUUCAGAGCUUGAACCAUGUAAAGGAGAUACCUGGUAUUGGCUAUAAAACUACCAAACGUCUUGAAGCUCUGGGUAUCAGAAGUGUGCAUGAUCUCCAAACCUUUCCAUCCAAAAUAUUAGAAAAGGAAUUCGGAAUUUUAGUGGCUCGGCGUAUCCAGAAGCUCAGUUUUGGAGAGGAUCACUCUCCCGUGACACCCUCAGGGCCACCUCAGUCCUUUAGUGAGGAGGAUUCAUUUAAAAAAUGUUCAUCAGAAGUUGAAGUUAAAAAUAAGAUCGAAGAACUACUGGCCAGUCUUUUGAACAGAGUAUGCCAAGAUGGAAGGAAGCCACAUACAGUAAGAUUAGCAAUCCGUCGGUACUCAUCUGAGAAUCACUGGGGCCGUGAGAGUCGUCAGUGCCCUAUUCCAUCGCAUGUAAUUCAGAAGUUAGGGACAGGAAAUCGUGAUGUGAUGACUCCAAUGGUUGAUAUACUUAUGAAACUUUUCCAAAAUAUGGUGAAUGUGAAGAUGCCCUUUCAUCUGACUCUGUUAAGUGUGUGCCUCUGCAACCUGAAAGCACUAAAUACUGCUAAGAAAGGGACUAUCGAUUAUUAUUUAACACCGUCAUUAUCGGCGACUUCCCGCUCUGGGAAGUGCAGUUUUAAAAUGAAACACUCUAAUAUGGAAGAUUCUUCCAAAGACAAAGAAGCAAAUUGGGAUUUUCUACCAUCUGGAAGAAUUGAAAGUACGAGAACUGGGGAAGCUCCAAUAGAUACUACAAAUUUUUCUAAAGAAAAAGACACUGAUAAAUUCCGACUCUGGUCACUUACUGAAGGUAUUGACCAAGAAGUCUUUAAGCAGCUUCCAGUAGAUAUUCAAGAAGAAAUCCUUUCUAGAAAAUCUGGAGAAGAAGUUCAAGGUGAAGGAAGCUUGAGUUGUCCAUUGCAUGCCUCUAGAGGAGUAUUGUCUUUCUUUUCUACAAAACAAAUGAAAAAUAGUCCCUUGAAUCCUAAAGAUCAUUUAUCCAAUAGCAAACAGAUAUCUUCUUUCUGUGAACCAGGAGCAUCAGGUUUAAAUAGCAGUAGUUCCUCUGCUCCAUCUAUCCUAAAGGAUUAUUCACAUUAUUUAGACAGUAGAUUAAAAGAUGAACAAAUGAGUCAAGGACCUAAAGAAUCUCAAGGAUUUCACUUUUUAAAUACAAACUGCGCUGUAUCUGUUUUCCAUUCCUUUGCAGAUUUGAAGAGUGAGCAACUUUUCUCCACAAACCGCACUACAGAUAGCCAUAAAGAGCCAAUAGCAACAGUCUCUCAUGAUAAAGGACUUACAGAGAAUAGAGAGCAAGAUUCUACUGAUGAAAAAAUUACCUUUCCUUCUGACAUUGAUCCUGAAGUUUUCUAUGAACUACCAGAAGAGGUACAAAAAGAGCUGCUGGCACACUGGAAGAGAACAGGAUCAGAUUUCCACACUGUACAGAAAUAAGCAUGUUCGGGAAAAAGGUCUAGAAAGCAAAGGCCAUUGUUCUCAGAUUUAGCCGUUUAUUAAGCCCCUCUGAAUUAAACAGUAAUAGAUAUUCA